AUGAGCAAGCUCGCUUUCAUCAUCGUGUUCGUCAUGCUCGCCACCACCGCAGUCCGUGGCAUGCGACUGGGAGCCCGACGUCGCCACUACUGA